UUAAAUACUUUUGUCUAGAGCAAUUAAUGUUUGGAUAUAAAGGCAGGUUAAAUUCAACUUUAGAAUAUGAAAAUAAUAAUUGAAAAUUUAAAAAAUAAAACAGAGUCGGUAAAUUUUUAGUUAUAUUGGGAAUCAGUGUUUGAAUUUAGAUAAGAAUAAUAUUUUUAUUUUUUUAUUCGUCUAUAAACAUAGAAAAUAUUAUGGGACUGUAUAUUUUUAAGUGAUAUUGUAUUUUCAUUUAUUUAAUGUUAAAUGAAAGAGAAUCUUUUGUAAAAUAAAUAGAAUAAGUAUUAAGAAAUGGGUGUUUUAAUAAAGUUGGUAAUAGAGAAUUUUGCCUUAUUUUUAAAUUAGAUGAUAAAAUAUACAAAGUAAAGGAAUUAAUUGAUUGAUUAAGUAUGA